AUGCCGCCUAAAAUUGACGUGUCGUUGUUAACAGCAAAGUGGGACAAUAUGGUUAAUUCUGUAUACGAGUUGUUUGAAGAAUUUCAAGUACUUUCCAGUGUUGAAGCAGAAGUUUCAACAUUAGAUAAUGUGUACAAACAAAUCGAAACGAAAUAUAGGCUCAUGAAACAACAACAACAAGAAGUAAUUAUUGAUAAAAUAUUAGAAGGUAAAGUUAGCGAUUCCGAAGAAGCGGAAAAGAUUCUCGAAAGUAAUAAGAAAAUUGGUACUCAAGUAAAGACUCACUAUUUAAAUUGUACUAAAAGUUUCGCUGAAUAUCAAAAGAAGUGCUCUUUAAAUAAAUCAUCAGAACAUAAGUCAGACAGUAUUGAGGCUAUGACAUUUGCCGUGACUAAAAUGGCAGAGGCACUUACUUCAACAAAAACCGAUAAGACAAGUUCAUUAGAAAAACUCUCAGUCCCGGUAUGGGACGGCAAACGAAAAUCGUAUUUGACAUGGAAACAUGAAUUUAAAUAUUGGAUGGAAAAAUGUAAACAAGAUAAAGAAGAACAAUUACAGAGAUUUCGCAAAGCUUUACCAAAAUACUCUUUUUGGGCUGACCAAGUAAAAUACUGCAAAUCGGUAGAAAAAGCAUUUGAAAUAUUAGAUAAAGAAUUUGCAGAUAAAAGAAAACUUAUGGAUGAUUUAGUAAAUGAAAUUACCUUUCACAAACCAGUAAAAAGCGACUCAGCGUCAUUUUCACGUUAUGCAACUCAAAUUAUGGGCUUUGCAAAUGACAUGGAAGAAAACGGGUGCUCGGUAGCAGAUUCAAACGAAUCUCCAUUUAUUAUGUCACAAUUACUGUCUAAAUUGGAGUCAAGAGAUAACGCUGACUUCGGACGUGAUAUGAUUCGGGAACAUAAAGAAAUUAUUACAAAUCUUAUUGAAUGGUUGUAUAGAGAAGCAAAUUUAAGAUCGAGAGGAAAACAAUUUAAUGCUAGUGAUAGUACUAAUCAAUCUAGUAGUCCUAAACCACCAAAAAUUAAUGCUGUUAACAGUUCCUACAAUAAACAAACUGAAAAUGCUCUUAGAAAUAAUUCUGAACAUACUAACAAUUCGAGAACUAAACAGACUGAAGAAGAUUCAUGCCCAUUAAAUUGUAAAACCCAUCACUACCUCUCGGAAUGUCCUGUUUAUCAAAAUUUAAGCGUCGAUGAACGAUGGGAAGUUGUUAAGCAGAAUAACCGUUGUCGAAAAUGUUUAAUGACCCAUCACACAAAUACGUGUAAAAAACCAGACGGGACAACAUGUAAACAAUGUACUAAACCCCAUCAUUAUUCAUUGCACAAUAACAGAAGAAAUUCCGAUAGUACUGUAAAUCAACAGUUUAGUCCGUUGACAUCUGAAAUUAAUAUAGAGAAAUUAGAGACGCAAAAUAGCAAUGUUCAAAAGAACGAUAAAAUAAAAGGAAAAUGUCCGGUACAAAAAAUUCGAGUAAGAAAUAAAUAUGGAGAAUUUGUUGAGAUUUUGGCAAUGAUUGACAGCGGGUCAAACGUCUAAACCGAGUCGUUUCACUGUAGCUUUCGACAUUAAACUUUCGAAACGUCACAACAAAUCGAGAUAUCCCUAGUACCAAUUAACGACGACCAAAUAAUAAAAACUGUGCAUGUCCUUACCGUACAGAAACCCUGUAGUGCUGCAAAGUCGAUAUCAAAAGCUGCGGUAAAAAAUUAUCCUCACCUAGAGAGUAUUGUUGAUAAAUUACACCUUAAUGGUGGAUCGAUUGAUUUACUAAUUGGUACAGAUUUUGCCGCAGCGUUUAUUGACAUUCAUAUUAAACAAAGUGAGCUUGGAGGACCAAUCGCCAAACGAAAUUGCUUCGGUUGGUAUGUUCUAGGUGUCGACGGUCGUCGGUAGCGAAAACGAUGACAAAGUGUCAAGAACUAUUUCAGUCGAAGUUGGUACCAUAAGCGCAGAAGAAGACAUUAAGACGUUGCUCACUCAAGACCUACUUGGUGUAAAACCUACCAAAAUGUGUACAUGUACGGACGAAAUGUUAAAGGAGAAUAAAUUCAUAAAGUCCCUUGCCGACUCGACGAAGAUAAUCGAGGGAAGAGUCGAAGUCAAGAUGCCAUGGAAGGAAGGUGGACCACCGCGUCAAAGUAACUACAGUAUCGCGUAUCAAAGAAUGCUUUCAUCGGAAAAAACCUUUAGAAAUAAAAAGUGCUUCGACGAAAUAGAAACAGAAGUACAGAAGUUAGUAGAACAAGCCUUCGUUAUUGAAGUACCGACAGAUCAAGUCGACCACAACAAACCUGAAUGGUACCUCCCGAUGCAGGCAGUAUUUACCCCGGAACGUUCGACUAAAAUACGUUUAGUUUUCGAUGCUUCCGCAAAAGGUCCAGACAACAAAUCCCUAAAUGAUUAUCUAGAAAAGGGUCCAAAUUACAUUAAUAAUAUUCAAGACGUCUUGAUGGCGUGGAGAUGGGACCAUGUAGGAUACUGCGGCGACUUACGAAAGAUGUUUAACCAAAUUAUGAUACAUCCCGAAGACCAGAUAUACCACCGAUUCUUGUUCCGACAAAAUCAAGACGAAGAUCCUAAGAUUUUUCAAUGGGUACGGUUGAAUUUUGGAGACAAACCCGCACCAGACAUUGCUACAGGAUCGAUUAAGGUAUUAGGUAAAGCCCACCAAGAAGAUUUACCCGAAGCCUCCCAACAACUGCAAGACAACGUUUAUGUCGAUGAUAUCGGUGGCUCAGCCCCAACUCCCGAAAAAAACAAGAAAAUUACUGCGGAUAUCGACAUCAUUCUAAGCACGGGGAAUUUCGAGGUCAAAUCGUGGAAUUCUAACCACAAAGAAGUCGACAAGUCAAACGAAAAGUGCACUACCUUCCUCGGGCAUAAGUGGAAUAAAGAAAUUGAUGUAUUUACAUUCAAGAAAGAGUUCGAUAUCAGACCAGAAGGAAUAUUCACUAAACGAAGAUGUCUAUCCCUUGUAUCGCAACUUUGGGAUCCCCUCGGACUGGUCUUGCCCGUAAUGAUAAAGGUUAGAGUGGAUCUCCAAGAUUUAUGGGCAUCGGGCUUUUCGUGGGAUGAAGACCUACCAGAUGCCAUCCAAAGUAAAUGGAUUGACAACUUCCAAGUAUUAAACGAAGUCCCUAAUUUACAAUUUAAUCGAAAGAUCAAGCCAGAUAACGCAGUCGAUAAGCCCGAAAUACACGGAUUCUGCGACGCAGGAGAGCUAGCGUAUGGAGCUGUAAUUUUCCUUAGAUGGAAAUGUGAAGAUGGUGGUUACAGUUGUAUCCCUAUCAUGGCCAAGGCAUUCGUGGCACCGCUCAGAAAAAAGUCUAUUCCAAGUUUAGAAUUACUUGGAUGCCUAGUUCUUACUCGUAUUUACAAAGCAUGUGUACAAGCGUUGAAAUUCGCUAAUGCAAAAGAUUGGAACUACGUACUCUGGACUGAUUCACAGACCGUCCUUUCUUGGAUCAAGACACCAGCAAGAAAAUUUAAACCGUUUGUAUCAGCAAGAGUGGCUGAAAUUCAAGAAAGUGUAAACGUUGGAAAUUUCAGAUACGUUAAAUCGAAAGACAAUCCUGCAGACGCUCUUACUAGAGGCAUUUGCAUACAUGAACUAGAUAAUUGGAUGGCCGGUCUACAAUUCUUACUUAGUUCCGAGGUAAUUGGCAAGUCAAGUGAAGACCUGAGCGAAAGUAAUGAAGAAACGGACUUUGAAUAUAAGAGCGAAUUCAAGAGCGAAUUGAAAGAAAGCGAAGAAAUAACAAGUGAAAGUUGUAAUAUCGUUAAAGUCACAAACGAUGAUUUAUUUAAACGAUUACUAGAUACUUUUUCAUCAUUUUCUAAAAUACGAAGAACACUGGCCUAUGUUCUCCGAUUUAUUCGCAUCUUGCAAAACAAAGUCAAAGAAACAAAUCCUAUUUCCAGGAGUGAACUGAAAGCAUCAGAAAAUCUGCUGUUUAAGUGGUGUCAACAAGAGAUGGAUAUUAGAGAAUUCUCUACCCAAAGAUUACAGCCGAAGUUCGAUGAAGAAGGCUUGUUGCAUGCACAUGGUAGACUAGAGAAUAUUAGAUCACUUCCACAAGAAAUGUGCAAGUGAAUUAUCCUUCCACGCGAUCAUCAUUUAGUUGCACUGUUAUUACGUCAUUUACACGAACAAAAAUGUCAUUGUGGAUACAAAAGCCUUGUGCACGAAACACGAAAGAAGUAUUGGAUAGUGGGAAUACGGAACACCGCAAAGAAACUUACGACCAAGUGCAUCACAUGCAAGAAAUUACGAAGCAAACCAUUGGAACAGAUAGAGGGACAACUCCCAAGUCUUCGUGUAGCUACAGGAUUACCUGUGUUUACCAAUACAGCUAUGGAUAUGUUUGGUCCAAUUCAGAUCAAGAAGAAUCGUAAAACAUGUAAAGAGGCCCAAAUAAUAAUUUUCACUUGUAUGACAAUGAGAGCCAUACAAUUGGAACUUGUGACAGAUAGAAGCACUGACACAUUUCUAAUGGCAUUUAGAAGAUUUGCCUGUACUUGUGGACAUCCUAAUGUUUGCUGGUCUGACUGCGGUACAAAUUUUGUUGGAGCCCAAGCCUACCUCAAAGAAAUUACGUCCUGUUGGGAUACUUCAAAAAUCCAAAAGGUCCUUACAGAAGAAUUCAGUUGUGAUUUCAGAUGGGAGUUCAACAUCCCAAAGGCAAGUCAUCAAAAUGGAGUGGUAGAAAGCUUGAUCAAGUCAGUACGUCAAGCAAUGAAUGCUACAUGUAAAGAUCAAGCGUAUACUGAAGAGCAAUGGCAUACGAUCCUGAAUGAGAUUACUUACCUGGUCAAUAGUCGACCGUUGUACCCAAGCUCGGUUAGCAAGUUAAAUAACGAUCCGCCAAUUACACCCAAUGACCUCAUCAUUGGCCAACAUAACUCACCACCAAUCCCCGAAGAAUAG